AUGUAUAUCUAUGUCACUCAUCAAAUCUAUCUAUCUAUCUAUCUAUCUAUCUAUCUAUCUAUCUUACAUUCUUCAAAUUCAUCUAUUUAUCGAUCUAUAUCACUCUUCAAAUCUAUCUAUCUAUCUAAGAUUCUUCAAAUUUAUCUAUUUAUCGAUCUACAUCACUCUUCAAAUCUAUCUAUCUAUCUAUCUAUCUAUCUAUUUCUGUCGCUCUCCAAAUCUAUCUAUCUAUCUAUCUAUCUAUCUAUCUAUCUAUCUAUCUAUCUAUCUAACAUUCUUCAAAUUUAUCUAUUUAUCGAUCUAUAUCACUCUUCAAAUCUAUCUAUCUAUCUAUCUAUCUAUCUAUCUAUCUAUCUAUCUAUCUAUUUCUGUCGCUCUCCAAAUCUAUCUAUCUAUCUAUCUAUCUGCAGUUGUCUAUCCAACGCAUUUUACAGAAUCGACAUUGUCAUACAUACUUUCUUUCUUUCUUUCUUUUUUCUUUCUUUCUACACUCUAGCGACAUUGUCAUACAUACUUUCUUUCUUUCUUUCUUUUUUUCUUUCUUUCUACACUCUAGCGACAUUCUCAUACUUUCUUUCUUUCUUUCUUUCUUUCUUUCUUUCUUUCUUUUAUUUCUGUCCAGUCUUUCUGUUCUUUCUUUCUUUUUGA